CGCGUCGGUUUUGACGGACAGUUUACAGCGGUCUCCUUUCAUCGUUUCUUUCCUUUCGAUAACUCGUUCUUGGGCUUUUUCCUGAAACAUUCAAAAGCGGAAUGCUGGGGCAAUAAUCACGCACAGGGUGAAGCUCCCAUAGGCCGAACAAGCUUCUCUGGGCGAAAUAAGCAUUAACCACGCAACAAAGCUGCCCCUGUCUGCACGUGGAGAACAGAAAGGGAGACGGAUCGCGUCUCUGCAAGGCGCUACUAUCACACAUACUAUCAUUGAUCAGAUCAGAAUUCCCUUAUCAAGUCACGGCAAUUUUUUACAUCCGUCAUGACUUCCUCCUCCACUUAUCAAUCUCACGGCCAGCCGUCAACUUCCACAACACACCUUUCUGCUCGUCUUUCCUCCCGCUCCUCUUUUGAACAUCAAGGUACAGAUGAUGAGAGCCUUGAUGUCUUCGAUCCAAUGUCCAUUGAUCCCGAUUUACGCUUAAGAACUGUCAAGACAGCGCACUCGGUUCUCGCGGAGUCAAUCCGCUCGGAAGCCCUCGCUGAAAAAAGGGAGAAGCGGAGACGGCUAUUCAGGUCCAUGAAGAGGAAAGCAUCUGAUAUAGGGAAAGGCACGCUGAAGCGCAAGGGGCCUGCUGGUGAUAACGGAAAGCCGGACUCUGGGAAAACAGAGGCGGGCAAUACAGAUGCUAUAUCAACUGCAGGAUCUUUGACAUCUCAGCCUCCACCGAUUACUCCCCCUGAACACCAACACCAAUCCGGAAAGACAAAAGGCAAGGCAAAAAAUCGAAAAGCGGAACUUCCCCGGCGAACUGUCUACGUUAACAUUCCUCUUCCGUCAUCCCUUCGCAACUCCCAAGGCGAGCCUGUAGUCAGAUAUGUCCGAAACAAGGUUCGAACAUCCAAAUAUUCCUUGAUAACGUUCAUUCCCAAGAAUCUUCUGGAACAGUUUCGUCGUGUCGCCAACAUUUAUUUCCUAUUUCUCGUGAUCCUCCAAUUAUUUUCAAUAUUUGGAGCACCCAACGCGCAGAUUGGGAUGCUACCUCUUUUGGCGAUUUUAGGCAUGACGGCUAUUAAGGAUGCCUUCGAGGACUGGAGAAGAGCGAAAUUGGAUAAUGAGGUGAACAAUUCUGCAACAACAAAAUUGGGGGCUUGGAAAAAUGUGAAUCAGCCAAAGGAUCCCAGAAAUUUCGUGGAGAAACUAUUUGGGCUGGGACCUAACCCGAACAAGACAUCAAAAGGCGUCCAAAAGCUCCGAGCACGUGAGGCAAAUCAAGGUAACCAAAUGGUGCUCGAUUCCCGUAGGGCGGAGGAGCAAGACCCACUUGAAGACUUGGCCGUUAGCGACAAAGAAUCCUAUCCUCUUGGUCCUAUGUCUCGUGCGGAGUUUUCCACAGUCUCGGCGGUAGAUUCAACCUCUGAUUCUUUAGCUCUCGAAGGGUAUCGCCGGUCAUUCUCGGCCGGGAUAUCUAGGUCAAGUCUACCUAGCAUGAUGUCUAGGAAAAGCGUCGGUGUCGUGGACUGGAGCAGGUCUGUACCAGGAGCUGCGCAAUGGGAGAGGACCCUCUGGAAAAAGCUUGAAGUGGGCGAUUUUGUUCUUCUGCGCGACAAUGAACAAGUUCCGGCGGAUGUCAUUGUUUUAUCCACUUCCAAUGCGGACGCCCUUUGCUUUGUUGAGACCAAGAACCUUGAUGGAGAGACGAACCUCAAAAUUAGACGUUCUCUAAAAGCUACUUCAGCCAUCACUUCAGAAGAAGAUCUUGAGCACGCGCAUUUCGUGGUGGAUUCUGAGGCGCCCCAUGCCAAUCUUUAUUCUUACAACGGUGUGUUGAGAUACACUCCCACAGACCAGUACGGGAAGCAGAUGGAAGAAAAGCAAGAAGCAAUCACCAUCAACGAGUUAUUACUGAGGGGCUGUACGCUAAGGAACACAAAAUGGGUGAUCGGGAUGGUGAUUUUCACAGGAUCAGAUACGAAAAUCAUGCUUAACGGCGGAGAGACACCAUCCAAGCGAAGUAAGAUUGAAAAGGAAACCAUUUUAUGCCUCAUUACGGCCAUCCUUCAUGGUUGGUAUCGCUCUCUGUCCGGUACCAGUGCCGACUGGUAUGAACCCGACGCUGAGGCCAGUGACAAUAUAUACGUUGACUCUGUCAUAAUCUUUUUUUCUUGCCUGUUGAUCUUUCAGAACAUCGUUCCUAUAUCUUUAUAUAUCACUGUAGAGAUUGUUAAAACAAUUCAGGCAUAUUUCAUUUUUCAAGACGUUGAAAUGUAUUACGAACCUUACGACACCCCUUGCGUGCCGAAGACCUGGGAUAUCUCGGAUGACCUGGGUCAAAUUGAAUACAUUUUUUCCGAUAAGACUGGCACGCUCACACAGAACAUCAUGGAGUUCAAGAAAUGUUCCAUCCACGGCGUGCCUUUCGGAGAAGGUAUGACAGAGGCGAUGAUGGGUGCCAAAAAACGGGAUGGGCAAGACAUCAGCACAGCAAUGGAAGAUCAGGAAGACGAGCUCCAAGUUCUCAAAGAGAAAAUGCUGGAACUUAUGACCGGUGUCAUGGACAAUCGGUAUUUACGUCAAGACAAACUAACACUCAUCGCCCCUGAUCUCGUUCAACAUCUUACCACUCCUUCCGAUCCUCUACGCUCCCCCAUAAUUGACUUUUUUCGGGCUCUCGCUGUCUGUCACUCUGUCCUCGCUGACACUCCUGAUCAGUCCAAACCCUUCGAGCUUGAGUACAAGGCCGAAAGCCCUGAUGAAGCAGCUUUAGUAGCUGCGGCUCGAGAUAUAGGAUUCCCAUUUGUUUCGAAGAACAGUCAUUUCCUCGAAAUAGUAGUUCUGGGUAAGCCAGAGAAAUGGAUUCCUCUCCGCAUGCUCGAAUUCAGUUCCAGUCGGAAGAGAAUGAGUGUCGUCGCUCGAGACCCAAAUGGGAAGAUAGUUUUGUUCUGCAAAGGUGCAGACAGUGUCAUCUACAAUAGGCUGAGUGUCAAUCAUGAUCAAGAAUUAAAAGACGCAACCCUCAAGGAUCUCGAAACCUUUGCGAACGGUGGUCUCCGGACGCUUUGUAUCGCCUAUCGGAAUUUAUCGGAAGAGGAAUUCAGUGAUUGGUCAAAAAAAUAUGACGCUGCAAGUGCAGCGACUGUUGACCGAGAAGGAGAGAUUGAGAAAGCUUGUGACCUGGUGGAGCAUUCACUCACUAUCCUUGGGGCGACGGCUCUCGAAGACAAGCUCCAAGAAGGAGUGCCUGAUGCCAUUGCGACGCUGCAUCGUGCCGGUAUCAAACUAUGGAUCCUGACAGGUGAUAAGCUUCAGACAGCUAUUGAAAUCGGCUACAGCUGUAAUCUUCUUACAAACGAUAUGGAAGUCAUGAUAAUUUCGGCCGACUCUGAGGAUGGCGCCCGCCAACAAAUUGAAGCUGGUCUUAAUAAGAUUGCUUCCGUGGUUGGUCCACCUCCUACAACUUCGGGCGGAAGGAUUAUGACUGCUGGGAUGAACCCCGCAGUUAAGUUCGCAGUUGUCAUCGAUGGAGAAAGCUUACGAUAUGCGUUGGAACCUUCGCUGAAAAGUUUGUUCUUAUCUUUGGGGACGCAAUGCGCGGCCGUCAUCUGCUGUCGCGUUUCUCCCUCGCAGAAAGCGUCGACAGUCCGUUUGGUCAAAGAAGGUUGUAAUGCUAUGACCCUUGCAAUCGGAGACGGGGCCAACGAUGUUGCGAUGAUUCAAGAAGCUAAUAUUGGAGUCGGGCUUUACGGUCUUGAAGGCUCGCAAGCAGCGAUGUCGGCAGAUUAUGCGUUUGGGCAGUUUAGAUUUUUGACCAGAUUGCUAUUGGUUCAUGGAAGAUGGAGUUAUGUGCGAGUGGCCGAUAUGCACGCAAACUUCUUCUAUAAGAAUAUUAUAUUCACUGUCUCGAUGUUUUGGUUUUUCAUCUUCAGCAGUUUCGAUGCCACGUACUUGUUUGAGUACACUCUUCUACUCAUGUAUAACCUCUUUUUCACCUCCCUUCCCGUCGGUUUCCUCGGGGCUUUCGAUCAAGACGUCAAUCCUACCGCUGCCAUGGUUUUUCCACAGCUUUACAAGCGUGGUAUUGCUAGUCUUGAAUAUACCCGUACUCGUUUUUGGCUUUACAUGUUUGACGGCUUGUAUCAAUCAGCAGUCAUAUUUUUCAUCCCUUAUUUCGCUUAUGGAACGGGCGAAAGCUGGUCAAGUCAAGGAAGAGAUACCAAUUCUCUGUGGGAUAUCGGUACCACGGUGGCUUGCGCUGGCGUAUUGUCGGCCAACGGCUACGUCAGCAUCAAUAUUCGCUACUGGACAGUCAUGACUUGGAUAAUCAAUGUAGCAUCGACUUUGCUCAUAUACAUUUAUAUUCCGAUCUACUCAGCUGUCACAGCACUACCUUACGCAGGAGAAGUCGGCGUCAUAUACCCCACAUUCAGCUUCUGGGCAGUUAUCUUGAUUGCCACAAUCAUUGCUAUCGGUCCGCGAUGGCUCGUCCGUUCCUUUAAGCAGUCCUACUUCCCGCAGGAUAAAGACAUUAUUCGCGAAGCGUGGGUCACUGGCCAACUCAAGCGAGAUUUGGGAAUCAAGAGCCGGAAGCAAAAAAGAAGACAAAACAAAGAGAAAGCGGAUGCGGCCAGGUGUGAAGAGAACGAACAAGAACUAGAGGACGUGCCUGGAUUGGAGCUAGUGACAGGGAAGGAUCUUGUGCAGCAAUUUCAAAAAGGCAACAUGGAAGGGGAUGCCUUCAGAGGAUUGUACGAGCCCGCAGCCACGUAUAGCCCUCGGAAGGAAGCAGUUCGUUCACCUCUUAUGUCUGAAGAGAGUAGCCCUCGAAAUAUGCGCGCAUAUCAUCCGGCCUACACAAACUACAGCACCAACGACAUUUCUUCAAUCCGCCAAAUUCAAACAAGCAUCCCUCCUCCAUUUACCGCUCGCACGUCUUUUAACUCUGCUGAGCAACCAUCGCCUCUCGGACAAAGCAUUGCAAGCAGUGAUCAUAGUUUCCAAAAUCCUUUACGCACGUAUGACUGCCAUCCUUCCCCUUCCUCCAUUCAUCAAGUAGAGGCCGAGAUCAGCCGAGAAGUUGGCCGACUUAAGCGAACCUCGAAGGACAUUCAACGCGCGUCCUCGUUGUACGAUAAAGAAGAAGAGUCGGUGAGGAUGUCUCGGGCUUCUUUGUUCUCCCAGAAGGGUUUUGAAGCGCUUCCACAGAGCGGUGACUCAAGGGGAAGCAUUUCAAAUCUAUCGAGAAAACAGAGCAUCAGCGUUUUGGGAGGGAGUGUGCCUGCAUCGUGGAAAGAUAGCAGCCCUCUCUCCAACGUGGACGAACUUGGCAGGGGAAACUUAUCAUCAAUGAGAGGGGCGCUUGAUGUGACUGCUAAACAUAGUGAAUUGUUUGAAAACCGGGUUGAAAAUCAAAGUUGGAGGCCUUCCGAUGACCAUUUGCUUUAUGCCCGAGAACGGUCCUCUUCUGCUGUUCAACAGACAAAGAACAUAUUUGACUUUACCGACGCUUCAUCAAGUCAGUGGGGUGCGGAGGCCAGUAAGAAGGAUAAUGAAUGGGAAGGUGCAGGAUAUGCCAUAUAACGUGGAAAAGGACAAUUCAAGGAGCUCGUGUCAGGGGAUUGAGUUGUUAGGUUGUCUGACGCACCUCAUACCCAUGAACAUGAUAGAUUAGAUGAUUAGACUUUUACCUAGAUUCUUCAUUGCAUUUUUGGGUGUAAGAUAUGCAUUUUUGUCACUUUCUC